CAGAUCGCGCCAUUAUAUACGCCAGCGUCCGUCCGUCGACGGGCCUGGCCGAGCGAGCGGAGCUACCAUCUCAGUCAACGCCGACAGAGCACAGCUCGCACACACACAGCUCCCAUGGCGGACGGGGAAGCGCCGGGGCGGCUGGAGAGCAUCCUGACGGACUCGUCGGCGCCGCUGGCGGGGCGCGUGUGGGCGGCGGGGGCGAUCGAGCUCGGGAUGCUGACGCGGCUGGCGGCGCCGGCGGUGGUCAUGUACAUGAUCAACUACCUCAUGUCCAUGUCCACGCAGAUCUUCUCCGGCCACCUCGGCAGCCUGGAGCUCGCCGCCGCCUCCCUCGGCAACACCGGCGUCCAGAUGUUCGCCUACGGCCUCAUGCUGGGCAUGGGUAGCGCAGUGGAGACCCUGUGCGGACAAGCCUUCGGUGCGCAAAAGAAAGACAUGCUCGGAACCUACCUGCAACGCUCCGCCGUGCUCCUCUGCUGCACCGGUAUACCGCUCGCCGUGAUCUACGCCUUCUCGGAGCCACUCCUCGUGCUAUUAGGACAGUCGCCGGAGAUAGCCCACGCCGCGUCGAUCUUCGUCUACGGCCUCAUCCCUCAGAUCUUCGCGUACGCCAUCAACUUCCCGAUCCAGAAGUUCAUGCAGGCGCAGAGCAUCGUCCUCCCCAGCGCCUACAUCUCCACGGGCACGCUCGUGCUGCACUUGCUGCUCAGCUGGGUCGUCGUCUACAAGGCUGGCCUCGGCCUGCUCGGCGCCUCGCUGGUGCUGAGCCUGAGCUGGUGGGUCAUUGUCGUGGCGCAGUUCGCGUACAUCGUCGUGAGCCCGACCUGCCGGGAGACGUGGACCGGGUUCACCUGGCAGGCAUUCUCCGGCUUGCCGGCCUUUCUCAAGCUCUCCGCCGCGUCUGCUGUCAUGCUGUGCCUUGAGACAUGGUACUUUCAGAUCCUGGUGCUCAUUGCCGGCUUGCUCCCCGACCCUGAGAUUGCCCUGGAUUCCCUCUCUGUGUGUAUGACAAUCUCCGGUUGGGUGUUCAUGAUCUCAGUAGGUUUCAACGCCGCCGCAAGUGUAAGGGUGAGCAAUGAGCUCGGUGCCGGCAACCCCAAGUCAGCAUUUUUCUCAGUGUGGGUCGUCACUUCGCUCUGUGCUGCCAUCUCUGUUGUCUUUGCCAUUGUGAUGCUCUGCCUACGCAACCACAUCAGCUACUUGUUCACAGAGAGUGAAAUAGUUUCCGACGCGGUGGCGGAUCUCUGCCCGCUCCUUGCCAUCACGCUCAUUCUCAAUGGCAUACAGCCUGUACUGUCAGGUGUUGCUGUUGGAUGUGGAUGGCAACAGUUUGUUGCAUACGUGAACAUUGGUUGUUACUACAUCGUAGGCGUACCCCUUGGCAUUGUUCUCGGUUUUGUCUUCAACCUCGGCGUAAAGGGCAUUUGGAGUGGCAUGAUUGGAGGAACGACUAUGCAGACGGCCAUUCUACUGUGGGUCACCAUCAGAACCGAUUGGAGCAAAGAGGUUGAGGAGGCGCAUAAAAGAUUGAACAAGUGGGAUGAUACCAAGAAACAGCCCCUCCUUACGGCGGCCACGGAUAACAGCUAAUUAGUGGUCCAGUGUAGAUCUAUAUUUCUUGUUCAACAAUCGAGAAUCGAGCUGGCAUUGAGAUUCACUGUCAGCAUGGGGAAUUAAUUUGCAUCAUGUGUCCUGAUUAUCGCGUUGUAGAACCAUUCAUCAAGAUUUCAGACAUGCUUCCUAAUGACAUGAGGUGGCCAUCUUUUUUUGCUUUUCUUUUCAUAA